AUGUCCGAGAUGAACCUAAUCGUAAACGUCACGUGCAACCCGCCGGUGAUCUCCAUUUUUGGCCCCAUCAAGGAGAGCACGAUCGACCGGCUCAACGAGACCAUCCCCAACUCCUGCUCCACCACCAACACUGGCAAGCUGCCAUUUGCACUGGUGCGCAAGGAGGACCCGCCGCACUGGCACGGUGAGCUGCGCACGCAGUUUGCCACCGAGGACAUCGGCACCUCCGUGCUGUUCGUCUCCAUGUUGGACGCACUGGAGGAGGAGGGCACCUGGAAACUGCGAGGAAGCACUACCAUGAACCACGACACCGAUAAGACGACCUACAAGUUCUUCUUUGUGCGUGGUGUUCAUUAA